GUUAUAACUUACAACGAGAAAACGCUACGUAUAGAAAUUAAGAUUAUUACCAAAGAACCCCCCCACCUAAAACCUCACUCAUUUACUCUUCACACCCAAAAUCCUUCUCCUCCACCGCCGGUCACCGCCCCAUCAUAAACCUCCAUUGCCGUUCGCCCGCCCUGCACCCAAAUCCUUCUCCGCAGCCGGCUACGCAAUUGAAUAGCCAUAACCAAUCAUUCUCCUAGCACAAAUCUCAAAAUUAGAAUAAGAAUCACAAGGAAAGAUAGGAAGUGGAGGAAUCCGAAACAAAAGAAAGGAAAAUGAGGUAAAAAGAAACGCUAUCCAAGUCUAUAGAUAUAUUGCAAUUGUGAAUUUGGUACCCAGUUUGUGAAUUUGGAAAAUAUGUUACUCCCUAUGUACCAAAAUUAUUGUCCAGUUUGAGAUUUCAGUUUUAGUUCAAUUCGAAGGGAGCAGUAUUUAGUUUAAAUUCUAGAAUCAUUGAGUUGCAUGAAAUGUUUAACUGUUGAAGAUUAUUUUAGUUGGGAAUGAACAAUUGAGUUGGGUUAAUUUCAGUUUGGCUGCAUGUAUGCAAAAUAAUUAUUCGACCACCCAUCUUUGAGGCUUCGAAUCUCUAUGGUUCCGUAACCAUUUUUGCUAAGACCCUGUUUGAUUUUAACCUUCAUGCGUGAAAGCCUAUCCUGCUUUUUGCUGUUGAUUGAAUUGGGUUGUGGUUUGACUUAAAACUUGAUUGAAAACAGGGUAUGAUUACCUAUUCCAUUCUGAAAAAAUGCAGGAAGAAACCAGACUUCCGUUCCUCUGUUUAGACUCCCAUUUCUCCUUUCUCCUUGAACUCUUUUUGACUAUUUCUUUUCACAAAUGUCUUCUUUUUUUCCUAAAGUUUAUUCCAGUUUCUACGGAUCAUAAAAUAGAGUUACGGUUUGUCUGAAAAUUGGAUUUGCACAGGACCAAUCUGUCACGAAAUUCUGGAUUUUUCUAAAAAUUUUGUUCUGUGUUGCUGCUUUGAAGAUUCGUUUUCACCUUAUUAACUGUGGUUCUUGAUUUCUUUGGACUAAGCCCUAGCUUAUUUAACCUAGGUUAUAAUGUUUUUUUCAGCCUGCAAAUUGGAUCUUUAGUUUGAUCGAUAACAUGAUUUGAAUAUGACCUAGUUACCCUACUUUGCUGAAUUUUCAGAACUUCAAAAAAAUGAGAAGCUGACUUUUAGGCUUUGGUUUUCCUUGAUGAAAUACCCUUUUCUCACAUGACUUUCGUUGCUGUCAAUCUUUGGCCAUCCAAGGAUACAAUAGAACUUUUGAACUAGGAAAAAAAGACAUCUUAGAAAAUGAAUUUGAAACUUGAGGAUAUCAUUUUCUUUCCCGCGAAAUUGUUAGCCACAUGUUACUCUUUUGCUUUUAUAACAUUUUGGAAUUGUCCCUUUCAAAAAAAAAAAAAAAAAUUUUGGAACUGCUGUUGUUCCAAACUCGAGAAAGAAUCAUUUGCAUCUAUUGGAGGGUUUAGAAACGAAUACUAUGCCCCGCCAUAAACUUUCAUUGAAUAUGGUAUGAUAAUGUUAUGACUUCUUGUUUGAUUAACAGACUUCCCAAGUGAUCGUAGGAUUGUCAAAUACUAUCCAGGGAAAGAGAGAUGGGGCACCUUACCAAGACAUCCAGUUUGAUGAUUGUCUAUUCUUCAGAUCAGAAGGCAGAUUGUGUGCGAAGGGGCACGUGACAGUUUACUCUAGUUCUUUUUGAACUGUGGAUUCUGGAGUCCAGAAACAAGAGACUUUUCUGACUACUUUUUGCAAGAGGUGAGUAUAUCUGCAUUGUGAUUUUCGCUUUGACUAUUUGAAAUGAUAAAACUUUCUCUUGAAAAGAAUGAUAAAUACAGGUUGGCAUGUAGUAAAAUUAUGGAUAAGAAAUGUGAGUGAUUGAAACAGGAGUCAACAUUGCUUUCAGUGCAGCAUUAUUGUUUCACUCAUGUUCAAUUUUUUAAUUUUCCAUUUCACUGAACUCAGAAAUAUAGGGGUGUGAGUGACACUUAAGAAUUCAGAAUUCAUUUCGCCAAAGAUUCAAGCAAGAAAUAUGCUCUUGAUUGGCAAAAUUCUAUCCAAAGCGGUUUUCUAGGCAGCUUAUCCGUUUGUUCAACCCUUCAUUUUUGUUGAAGUAAUGGAGUUUUGGAUAAUCCAACCCCGCUGGAACACAUGGGAACAUCCCCCUUUCCGUUGUCCACUGCGUUAAGGUUUGGAAUGUAAUAUUGAAGGCCGCAGGGGCUUCUACAUCACCCAAGAAAUCCUCUGUUGCGCUUUAAGAAUGAUCUCCUAAGUUUAAAGCAUUAUGGAUUUCCAUUUUCUUUUCUCUCCGUUUCCUGAAAAUUGUAUGACUUUUAAUGGAAUGAAAUUUACAAUGUAAAACAUAAUACGUUGAGAUUCUAUCCCUCCAAUCUAAUUGAAGAUCAUAUUGAUUUGCUGUGGAAGCGAUUUCAGCAUUUUUCUUCCCUCCCUAAGUUAUCUGGAACUUCAUAUAGUGUUUUUAGAGGUGAUUGGUCUCUUUCCACCUUUAGUUUGGGCGUCAUUGUGCCUUUCAUUUGUCUUAAUCUGACACUGAUAGUUUUUGGAUCACCUAUGGAGCCACUAGAAUGAGCUCAUUAGGUAACAAAUGAGAGGACAUUCUAUGCAUAAAGCAUGGCAAUGUCUAUCUUUUACAUAUAUAGUUGUAGGCUUCUGCUGCUUUUCUUCAUCAUCUAUUGGCAGAGACAACAACGUGUUAUUUAUAUUUUUUUGUUAACAGAUUCAUUUCCCUGAGGGAUGCCACCUUUGAAGAGAUACGUUUUGAGAUUGUUCUUUUCGCUGAAGUACAUCACUGCCAAUGUAGUGGACAGGAACAAUGGUCAUAUUGUUGCGUCUGCAUCAUCUGUUGAGCACGACCUCAAAAAGGCAUUCGAAUGUGGCAGAUUCUGUAAUGCAAAGGCAGCUGCAACUGUGGGAGAAGUGUUAGCAAUGAGACUAAGAGUAGAGGGUCUUGAACAGGGACAGGGAAACGGCAUCCAUGUCGAUGUGAACAAAGAGGUAGAGAAAAAAGGUUUCAAGAAUCAGACAAAGGUCUGGGCGAUAGUUAACGCACUAAAAAACAAUGGAGUCAAGCUCGUUCUUGAUGAUGAUGACAAUCAGGAUUCACGAUGGAGCCAUAGGUGAUGAAGUAAUUGCACCAUGGAAAUAAAAUGGAAAAGCUAUACAUAACAGGUGGAUCUCAAGUGCUUCUUAGCUACAAAACCUCUGUAUAUGAGAUUGAUGCCGACACUGAACUUAGCGACAGAAGUGAUCCUUUUGAAGAGAAUCUGAUGUAAUAGUUCCUGAUAAUUACUGCUCUCAACCCAUAAAACUGGUCUUUGUUUCUAAUUAUGGGAUUAAAGGAGUAUUAUUUCUUAGUAGUCCACUCGUUUGUGAACAUAGUUUGACAACUUUUGCUAGCCGAUGAAGCUCUACAAUAAAGCCUUGUCUGUCACAUUGUCUGAUGAAUGUUUUGAAUCCCAGUGGUUGGCCACCCACAAUCUCUCCUUUACAAUACAUGCAAUGGGUUGGAAUUAGCGUGAUUUAUUUCAGAUGUAACUAAAACUAAAGAAAGAGGUAAAAGGAAACUAGGUUUAAGGAAAUGGUCUGAAAAGACAUAUUUAAGGUGA